AAAUUUAUGAGUACAUAUGUAUGGCAUGCAUGUAAUGCAUUCAAUUUACACUCAAGCGGUAAUCAAUCACGCGGCUUGUGCGCACAUAUAACAAAGUAUACAAACGCAAAACAAAGAGCAAAGUGAUCGGUAAUCGUAAAUGUAACCAAGUGCAAUGUUUCUGAAGCUACUGCUGGUCGGGAUUCUCACCGCUUAUUUCUGGCGAUAUUUCUACUACCCGGAGCCGGAAAGCAUUAUUUCUGACACGUUCAAGGAAGAGUAUGAUUAUGUUGUCGUCGGAGCCGGAACUGCAGGUUCCGUGGUCGCCGCAAGGCUGGCAGAGGAUGCCGGAGCCUCCAUACUCCUUCUUGAGGCCGGGGGACAUUUUGAUGAGUCAAAAUUGACAAGCUGGGCUUCUGGCUGGAUUGCAUUGUUUACGUCCUCGUUUGAUUGGGGAUAUUACACGGAGAGUGAAAAAGAUGUCUUCAAGGGACUAGCUGGGAAAAGAUCUUACUGGCCAAGGGGAAAAGCCCUCGGCGGUACCGGAGUUCUAAACGGGAUGCAGUAUACAAGAGGAAGUAGAUUUGAUUACGACGGAUGGGCUGAAAAUGGGUGCGUUGGGUGGGAUUAUAAAAGUGUUUUGCCGUAUUUCCUUAAAUCUGAAGACAUACAGAUUCCUGAACUAUAUUCCUCAUCAAUAUACCACCGUCGGGGCGGGCCCAUAGCUGUAACUUACAGUCCGCCGUCUGACCUAACCCCACUUGUGCUAAAAGCGGGAUCAGAACUCGGCUAUAACGUCACUGAUUACAACGGAGAGUUACAGGAAGGGUUCAGUGUUGUGCAAAGCACACUACGAAAUGGUAUUCGAAGCAGCACAGCGCAUGAAUUUAUUGCUAAAGAAAAAAGACAUAAUUUGGAUAUUGUCACACGCUCAUUUGUAACUAAAAUAUUUAUUCAAGAUAAGAAGGCGAAUGGUGUUUUCUUUAUUCGAAACGGUCGGAAACAGUAUGUUAAAGCAAGGAAGGAGAUUAUUGUAUCCACUGGUGCCGUAAAUACUCCCCAGUUGUUAAUGUUGUCGGGGAUUGGUCCUAGUAAGGACUUGCAGAAGUUGGACAUCGAGGUAGUUCAAGAUCUACCGGUAGGGAAGAAUUUACAGGAUCAUCAAAUCACCAUACUUCCUACGCCAGUGAAAGAGAAUGUUGGACCAACUUGGGCAGAUCUUAUGAGUAAGUGGAGUGAGCUAAUGUACGACUAUCUGAAAACUGGACCUUUAGCUCGAACGGGACUGGACGGUUCGGCGUUCCUACACAUCGAUAAGGCUAAGAUAGGGAAAUCAGCCCCAGAUAUUCAAAUCAUAUUUUUCAAUUUUCUCUUUGGUGAAAAUUUCUUGAAUUUUGAAGACAGAAUUGCCCAAGAGCUAAUGGAAAAAGAUUUUAAUAAGCACGGAUUUGUCACAGACAUUUGCACAACACGGCCAAAAAGCAGAGGUUCAAUAAAACUGAGGUCGGCGGACCCAUUUGACUACCCCUUAAUACACGCAAAUUACUAUUCCAAUUACGAAGACAUCAAAACAGUACUAGGCGGAAUAAGAAUUUGGGAAAAGCUUAUGGAAACAGACACUUUCAGAGAAAUUGGUGUGGAUACAAGUAAAACUAAGGUAUCAUUUUGUUCCCAGUUUGAGUACAGGUCGGAUGCUUAUUGGGAAUGCUACAUUCGACACAUCAGCACCACCGAGUAUCACCCGUGCUGUACCGCUCCGAUGGGACCUGAUAACGACAAUAGUGCCGUGCUUGAUCUAAAGCUCAGGGUUCGAGGCAUCGCCAACUUGCGAGUGGUCGAUGCAUCAGUGUUCCCUAACAUAACAUCAGGCAACAUUAACGCCCCGACAGUCAUGGUGGCCGAGAAAGCUGCAGACAUGAUUCGUGGAAUUGACACUGUUGGGGAGUUCAAGAAUCGAGUGUAGCUUUAUUUCUUUAUAUUUUCCUGAUAUAUAUUUUCUCUUGACUUAAAUUACAUGUUUUAUUAUAUCUUAAUUAUUGCUUAAGUAUGUCUUAUUAUUUUUCCAUUCGUUGAUGCUUUGUCCGGUAACAAAUCUUGUUUUUGGAAUGCCAUGGUUACAAUAGAUGAAAAAAAAGAUUAACAGAACUCGUCAGACCAGUCGUGUUUAAUGGUAAUGUGAAACACAGUUGCAUGAUUUCAACAACGAGAUUAAUGUCAUUCCGUCUAUUAUAAGCCCCAGUCGAACCAACAUUGCCACCGCGAUGCUCCUUGCGACAAAAUCAAUUGACAAUCGCAAAUAAGUUUCACGGUCGGUGGAAAUUUUGUAGGGGAUCCAACAUUAGAAAAGCCUUGAAAAAACGAUUUUUAGGUGGUCAACCAGAUCAGUUUUGUGACACACAUCAUCUUUCUGAGCAAUGUUUCUUGUUUCUGAAAAACAGUGAUUGGACGUUGAUCUGGUCUUGCUUAAGUUCUUACUUUUUAUGGUUUCCAUGGAUGCCGUGUGGACCAGACGUAAAUUCUGGAAAACAACAACAUCGGGGCGUAUAUCUUACAUCUGAUGAAACUAAGCUAUAGUGUGAAAUAUUUAUAGCCUUUUAUUAGUUGUGUUAUAUUUCCUUUCCAUUUUUGUUGAUCUGUCUUUUCAAUCAAGGUCAUGGUCAAGGUCAAAAUGCCAAUUAAUUUUCAAUGAAGUGUGUUGUCUUUAAUUGGAUUAUGCUUUUGUAUAAUUACCAAAAUCACGCUUAUGGCAUUAUGUUAUAGCAUUUAACAUAAACUAAUAAAUGAAGACACAUUUUUUUUUUAAUAUCGGCUUGUAUAUAGGGUAAAAACGACAACCAUUUUAAGAAAAUAUGUUGUUUUUUUCAUAAAUUCACUCAAAACAUGGAAUAAUUAAGUAAUAUGUAAAAGUUAAUGUAUUUGUGAUUUGUUUUGACAUCGAAUCACAUUUAUUGAUUUCUUUUCACUGCAAACUAGCAUACGGUUAGAUAUGGAACAUGUUUUUCUUAUUAUGAAAUAUUUACGUCAAAAUUGUAAAAUGCUAGGACAUAUUUGGUACAAAUUACCUCUCCCAGCAAUGUUAUUUUUUAAUCUUAUAUGAACAGAUAGGUAAGCUGUGUAUCAUCAUACUUUUCUUAUUCCAUGUAUUGUUUAGCAAAUUAGAGCAUAAGCAUGUUUGUGCUUUCAAUUUUGUGACCAAAAAUGGUGCAUUUUCUGUAAAUGUAUUAAUAUGCCAAAAAUUUUGCUCAUACAUAAUAUAUACUGGAAUACUCAACAUAACUCUUUCACUUGCAGCAAAUUGUUCGGAUGAUAUUUGCAUUAUUAUUCAAGUAAAUUAUCAAUAUCUUUUAGUUCCGUAUGUAAUCCUUUAAUUAAUAAUGUUUAUAUACAAAUGGUUGCCAACAUUUUCAAUCCUUAAGUGUUUAUUUUGUCAGUUGUUUUAAUUUUUUUAAUUUUAGAUUAUGUUAUCAUUCAUUUAUAUUUUUUCUUUGCUCAUAGAGUAUAUUUCAAUAAAGGCAAAAAAAUACA